UUUGUCUAAUGACCGUGUAUUUACACCCGCUUUUGAUGUAUACCUGAACUAAUCGAAUAACACUUAAAACGUUUAACAUGUUGAUGCCACAUCUCUCUAUGCCUUAUUUGGUGUAAACAAAAGUCGUUAUGUUUACUUUCAACCUUCUCAACCACGGGGCACCGUUUCGCUGUCGUCCCCAGAGACAAACCUGGUCGACCAGUGCACCGUGAGCAGACUGAGAUUCUGCGACGGCCGGCUCCCCUACCGGACCACGUCGCUGCCAAACUUCGCCGGCGCCUCCUCCGACCAGGAACUGGUCGAUAAUCUCGUCUUCUUUGAGGCGAUUUCGGAGAGCGGCUGCAGUCCGUUGGUAGCCGAGUACGUGUGUGCCGCCAUGGAGCCCCAGUGUGUCAGCCGGCCGACGCCGCACGUCCUGCCGCCGUGCCGACACUUCUGCCAAGACAUAGUGUCCAGCUGCGGCGCUGCGAUCCCUUCCAGUCUGAGCAGGAAUCGCGCCUUCAACUGCAGUCUGAUGCCAGACUCCACCGACCCGAGCGUCUGCUACUCAUCAGCCGCAGACGGUUGCGUGCUCUCCGAGUUCGCGUGCGCCGACCAGACGUCCUGUCUGCCGGCCGAGUGGCGGUGUGACGGUACGCCGCAGUGUGACGACGACAGUGACGAGCUCGGCUGUGACGGCUGCUCGCCGCUCCAGUACAGAUGUCGGCCGGCCGGCGGCUGUGUGGAUCGGACCCAGCUCUGUGACGGAUUUGCCGACUGCACAGAAGGCGACGACGAGCGAGACUGCCUCCAAAAAGACAAGGAGUUUGCGUCAGCCUCCUCAUCAGCAGAGCACCAGACGUGACGCUGUGACCUGCCGUGACCUGACCUGACCUGCCAUUACCCCGCGAGGACCUGCACGUGACGGGACCUAUCGUGACUUACGGUGGCCUACCGGGUCUUUUAUGACGUUUUGUUAUCCCCGUGAGCCUCUCUAACAUGUUUGUAGCUUUUCGUGUAUGGUCAAUCGUAGGAUAUUUUUGUUUUGUUGUUACUUGUUAAGUAUGUACCUAUACUUGUUGCGUCCGUCAUGACUUUGCAAUACACCCAUGCUUUUUUACGUUUUAAGAUUUACAGUGUUCCUGUACGACUUGCUUCACCAUAACUAGUCACCUUCUGUAUAAGGUAUAGUCACCUUCUGACUGUGUUUUUUCGCUAGUAUACAGGGUGAUUUUUUUUAACUGUU